ACUGUUUGUGUUAUCGGCAGUGUGCUACAAGAUUAGCUCCACGUCCUGGAGUAUUGCGCAAAGUUAAGUUUAAAAUUCCAACCUUGUACAAGGACUUGAACCAACCAACCGCGACGAUUACUUAAUCAGGAAAGUGAAAGUUCUUUCGUAUAUUUAAGAAAAGUGGUCAAACUGGAUAAUUAUGAAACGAGUUGCGGUAACCUUGGUGCUGUUUGUAGUUGUGGCUUUUGGCCAGCGGGUUGUUCCGGGUGUGAAUCCUAACCAGUAUCAACAGCAACAGCAAGGACAGUAUCAUCCCCCGCCACCUCCUCAAUACAACAAUCAACAACCACCACAACAUCAGCAGCAACACUACCAACAACCACCACCUCAGCAACAGCAACCUCAAUUCCAACAACAACAGGUUCCCGUGCAGCCACAGUACCAACAGCAUCAGCAACAGCCACCUCGUCCCGGUCAGGGCCAGUACCAAGGAGGCCAGCCCCAGCAAGUGCUAAAUACGCACAACCUCCAGCAGGAAAAACAACACAUUGCCGAGCACAUGGAAGUGCCGAUCGAUACCAGCAAAAUGAGCGAACAGGAACUGCAGUUCCACUAUUUCAAGAUGCACGAUGCGGACAACAACAACAAGCUGGACGGCUGUGAACUUAUCAAAUCUCUAAUCCAUUGGCACGAGGAAAGUAAAAACCAGGAACAGCCCGGUCAGCCCGCCCACCAGGAUAAAAUCUUCUCCAAUGAUGAACUGUCCGCGUUAAUCGAUCCGAUUCUCAGUUCGGACGAUCACAAUCGGGACGGUUUCAUUGACUAUCCGGAAUUCGUGCGGGCGCAAAACAAAGCAGCAAAUCAGGAACCUCCGCGACAGUAGUGAUCGCCGGAGCUGUGCAGUCACCGACAGAACUGGAUUUGAUUUUUCUAUACACUACAUUUUUCCGUACACGCGAUCAACCGAUCAACAAUCAACACAAUCGAGCCGAGCCAUAAACCACAUACUAACGCAUGUUUAACAUGCUCUGUCUGACGUAACAUUCCGAGGCUUAGUUUUACAGCACAAAAUUUGGCUCCAAUCGAAGAGGAGCUCCAGAUUAUUAGCUCUACUUAUCGUGGAAUCUCUUUCGGAACAUCGUUCAACUAGGAGGCCAGAUUUUUUUCCCUAUGUUGGUCUACAAGUUUUAUAUGACUUAGAGCGAGUAUGAGCGAGUAUUUUUGUAACUACAUAUAUGAUAUGAAAUUAUAGGAUUUAUUUGACGGCACAAUUAGAUGGAGAGAAAAAUACAAACAACUGCAUAGUGUUGAUAAUGUUCAUUGUA